CACUAUUUUCUCCUUUCUCCAAUCUCCAUCGUUACCCAACAGCAGAGCUUGUUUCUCAAUGGACGGCCAAGCCCAACUGCUCCUUGUCCUCCUGGUCGCCUCGGCCACCUGGCCCUUCUCCGUCGGCUCACUGGCGCGUGUAGCUGACGACCUCCACCCAGUCGUCCUGCUGCCCGGAUACGGCUGCAGCCAUCUCGACGCACGGCUCACCGACGAGUUCGAGCCCGCCUCCGCGGCGCCGAGCUGCGGCGGCGCGCUGAAUGGGAAGACGGGAUGGUUCCGGCUGUGGAACAACCGCACGGCGCUGCAGGAGGAUCCCGCGCUGGUGCCGUGCUACGCGGAGCUGCUGCGGCUGGUGUACGACCCCGUCGCCGGCGAUUACCGCAACGUGCCCGGCGUUGAGACCCGCGUCGUGUCCUUCGGCACCACGCGCGGCUUCGGCUCCGACGAUCCUGGUUCAAAGACCGGCUGCAUGGGGAAACUUGUUGAGACAUUGGAAGGAGUCGGGUACAGGGAAGGCAAGAACCUCUUCGGCGCGCCCUACGACUUCCGAUACGCGCCGGCGCCGCCCGGCCAGGCGUCCAGCGAGUUCUCCUGCUUCCUCUCAAGCCUUAGGGUGCUCGUGGAGAAAGCAAGCAAGAGGAACGGGAACAUGCCGGUCAUCCUCGUGACGCACAGCCUCGGAGGCCUCAACGCCAACGCCUUCCUCAGCCGGAGCCCCCUGGCGUGGCGCAGGAGGUACGUCAAGCACUUCGUCAUGGUCUCCACCGGCGCCGGAGGCAGCGUGUUCAGGCUGCGGUUCGGCAGCUCGUCGUCGUCGUCACCGACAGACCCGCUGUCGUUCGCCAACACCACCAGGAGCUUCGCGACCGCGUUCUCCGUCCUGCCGUCGCCCAAGGUGUUCGGCCACGCGCCGGUGGUGGUCACGCGAGCCAAGAACUAUUCCGCCUACAACAUACCGGAGUAUCUCAGGGCCAACGGUUUCUCUGACGGCGAGGUGGCGCGCUACGUGACGAGGGUGCUGCCGGUGUCGCUGAAUUUCAGCGCGCCGGCGGUGCCCAUGACCUGCAUCAACGGAAUCGGCGUGCCGACGCCGGAGAAGCUGGUGUACUGGGACGGCGACUUCGGCGCCAAGCCUGACCAAGUGGUUUACGGCGACGGCGAUGGGGCCAUCAACAUAGCGAGCAUGCUGGCGUUGGACGCGCUGAUCGGGGCUGAUCCGGAGCAGGAUUACUUCAAGUCCCUUCUGAUUCACAACACGAGUCACGUCGGCGUCAUCUCGGAUAGUUUUGCUCUCGAGCGUCUGGUCAAUGAGGUUCUUGAAGCAAAUCGUGCCAUUGUUUAGAAUCUGAUUUGUGUAGCUCUGGCUUUGAGACCCUAUAUGAUUUCUAGCUUAAAGAAUAAAAUAAAAUGUUUUAAACA